GAUGGAUAACGAAAAUCGCGAACGGUUGACGUAUAAGUUUCCGAAUUGUCGUGCGAACUAAAUAGUUUACUGUGGGAGUGAUUCUGAAGAAAAAUAACUGCAUGUGCGCGUGAGAAUUGGGUGUUGUCUAUGUAUAUAAAAGAACUUUAGUCCAAAGAACAAUACUCAGAAGGUAGAUAGUUAAAAGAUGAAGAAUUCUUUGGAGCACCUGUUAGCGUCCUCAGUGCUAGUUCUCUGCCUAUCGUGUGCAUUCACAAAUGGAAUCUCACAAACACAAAACAGCAUUGUACAGUUAUCAAAACUCUUCAGUAAACUACACGAUAUCCAAGACACAAAACAGAGCCAAGCCGAGAGCAGCAAAGAUCAAAUACGAUCAGACACCAGGAAACAAAGAGGUGAAAUCGGUGUCAUUCUUGCUCUCGGUGCCCCAGUGAAUAUGGAGACAUUGGGUGAAGAGAAAGUUUUGGAGGACAAACAGACAGACCUGAGUAAUCGUGGAUGGGACAUUGAUUUUGAUGACGCAGAACAGGAAGUGGAAAAACGUCAAGGAGCUUGGGAUUAUGAUUAUGGGCUAGGUGGUGGGCGGUUUGGCAAACGGUUUGAUUACUCAUUUGGCGGCGGGCGGUUUGGUCGGGACAUCAAUCAUGUGAAGCAAGAAGAUAUUAACUAAAAUAUGUAUUUACCUCCGCAUAAUGAACCAGCUUUCAUUUCAAUUCAGCGCGAUUGCCAUGAUUAAAGCGUAGGUUAAGUUUUUCGAUUAGAAAUCAAAGACAGGUAUGCCUGAAAUUAAAGAGACGUCAUGCGUUAUUGUAAGUCGUUUAGCAGCCUUUGACAGUAACAUGAACUUGCGUGUAAUUGCGUAUUUUGUUUUUAGCAGAGAUAUUAUAUUGCAUGAGAUAUGGGAAAAAUAAAUGUAAUAUAUGAAUUCUUUGUAUCACAUAUUUAUGUAUCUUGGUUAAACACUUUGACACGUACAGUAAAAUGUUUUACAGCGAGUUCUCAAUUAGUUCUUUUCUUAUUUACCAUAGCUUCAACGUACACCAAAUUAUAUUGAAUUCCAAUUUCAAAUGAAGUUUCGCACAUAAUAGAUUUUUCUCUAUGUUUUAUAUGUUUUUGCAGUAAAAGAAACCUGAAAUUCAUCAUCUUUGUUAUAAUUUAUUUAGCGUCAAUAAUCUGCCCAUCUCAGCAAAACAUGAAAACAUAAACAGCAAGUCGGGUUGGCAAGAUACAUACACAUGACGAAGAAACACGUGUUUAAUAUUAGUCAUGUUAUAUUUACAGCAAUUUAAUUUCACGAUUCUCAUUUUUUUCUAUAUAAAUGUUACAAUCAGUUUAUGUUUACAGUAAUUUAAUUUCACGGUUCUCAUUUUCUUUCUAUAAAAAUGACACAGUCAUGUUAUAUUUACAGCAAUUUAAUUUCACGAUUCUCAUUUUUUUCUAUAUAAAUGUUACAAUCAGUUUAUGUUUACAGUAAUUUAAUUUCACGGUUCUCAUUUCCUUUCUAUAAAAAUGAUACAGUCAUGUUAUAUUUACAGCAAUUUAAUUUCACCAAUCCCCUUUUUUUUUUCUAUAUAAAUGUUACAAUCAGUUUAUGUUUACAGUAAUUUAAUUUCACGGUUUUUCAUCUAGGGUAAAAUAAAACUGCAGCAAAAAUAAGGUGAUAUUCAGUCAUUCAAGAAAUAUUGGGUAAAAUUAAGCAGACAUUUCACAAGUACGUGCAUUUAAUGGGUAGGAACUACAACUGUAUAUGCUUAAACGAGUCUAUAUUUGAGUUUGAUAUAUUCAACCUUAGAAAUAAAAAAUGAUUACCAUA